AUGUGGGGGGUGCUGCGGGUUGCGGGGAGGGUGUGCGGGCCUCUGCGCGCUGCCGGCUGCCGCCUCAUGGCCGCUUCGAGCCCGGCAGCGGUGACUCAGGGAUCCGCCAGCACCGCCGGCAUCAUCAUCAUCGGCGACGAGAUUCUCAAGGGCUACACGCAGGACACGAACUCCUCCUUCAUGUGCCGGCGGCUGCGGGCUCUUGGCGUGAGUGUCGCCCGCAUCUCCGUGGUCCCCGAUGAUGUGGAGGCCAUCGCCAGCGAGGUGGCCGCCUUUGCUGCUCGCUUCACCUACGUGCUGACCUCCGGCGGCAUCGGCCCCACGCACGACGAUGUGACCUUCGAGGCCGUGGCUAAGGCCUUUGGGGAGAGGGUCAUCCUCCAUCCCAAGCUAGUGGCACUGGUGCACAAGUUCUUUGGCAAGACGGAGGAGCAGUGCCCUGAAAUGAAGCUGGCUCGCGUCCCCGAGUCCUCCCGCCUCAACUACGGCACGGACGGGCACACUGGCAGCGCUUUCAAGUACCCUCUGGUCAGUGUGCACAAUGUCUACAUCUUCCCCGGCAUCCCGGCGCUGAUGGAGCGGGCCCUGGAUGGCCUCGCUCACAUCUUUCGCAGCAAACAGACCCAUUUCCACUCCCGCACCGUCUAUGUGGCAUCUGAUGAGAUGCUCAUCACGCCGGUGCUGGACAGGGCUGAUGCCACCUUCCGGGGCCGCGUCAGCUUGGGCUCGUACCCAGACUGGACCAGCAAUUACUACCGUGUGAAGCUGACCCUGGACUCAGAGUCAGAGCAGGACCUGGAGGAAGCGUAUGGCUUCUUGAUGAGGGAGCUGCCACCGGGUGUUGCUGUGCCGUUGGUGACAGACUGUGUCUCUCCAGCAGCUGUGGAGGUUUAUGGCCUGGCUGAGUCAGGCUCGGCCCUGGGGCAGAAGGUGGCAGCAGCCCUGAGAACCAUCGAGGAGGCUUUGGACCAGUACAGUCUGGUCCAGCUCUGCGUGGGCUUCAACGGGGGCAAGGACUGCACAGCCCUGCUGCACCUCGUCCAUGCUGCUGUGCAGAGGCGGUUCCCAGCGAGGCAGGAGAAGCUGCAGGUGCUCUACAUCCGCAUUGUGUCCCCAUUCCCUGAAAUGGAGCAGUUCAUUCAGGCAACAGUCCAGAGGUAUGGGGUCCAGCUCUGCACUGUGGAGGGCUCCAUCCGGGAGGCCCUGGCGCAGCUGAAGGAGCAGCAGCCCCAGCUGGAAGCUGUCCUGAUGGGAACGCGGCGCACGGACCCCUACUCACGCACCCUGACCCCCAUGUGUGUGACAGACCCCGACUGGCCCCCUUACAUGCGGGUGAACCCCUUGCUGGACUGGACCUACCGGGACAUCUGGGAGUUCCUGCGCAAGCUCUUUGUCCCCUACUGUAUCCUCUAUGACAGAGGCUACACAUCCCUGGGGAGCAUGACCAACACAAAGAAGAACCCAGCCCUACGCUGCACCGAUGCUCAGGGCCGGGAGAGCUACAGGCCUGCCUAUGAGCUGGAAAAUGAGGAAGAAGAGCGCACCUCCCGCCAGUGAAGGCCACGUUCUGGGAGCCUCCUCCACUGGAAUGCUGCUGGGAGUGACCCUGAAUAAAGUUGCUGCCUGUCAGCACUAAAUAAA